AUGUUACUCGGAAGGUACGUCUGUCAAAGUUGUCGUAACUUUGCGCGUGUUGGUCUGUUAGAUACACGUGCAAAUCAAUAUCUUGUGAGUUCUUCCAUUCUUCCAAGUAGACUUCGACAAGGAGAAUGCAACUCUCAACAGGUACUGUUUUUCAGUGUAGUAUUUGUGUGUUGUAGCGCAUUAAGUUAGCGCCACAGUCCUUUGGAAGUGUAACGUUGCUAGCUAGUAGAUUAGGCGAUUAUAUAACUAUGAUCAUCAGGUAUUUCACGAUAAAUUAAUUACUUGCUGCCUUGAACGACUGAUUUUGAAGUUGUAUGUAAAUUGUAUAAAUCUUCAUGGUUUUUUUUUCAAGACAUCUGGUGUGACAUGACAAUUUCACACACAUGAUAUGAGAACUAAUCUCCCUAACCAGUUGACAGUCCAUGAAAAUUUUUUUAAUUUAUAUCGAGACAAUGCAUUAAGACUGUUUGGUGAAUGUGCUAAAAGAUUGUUCCUUGGAGUGAAAGAGGUGAUGAUGGUGUUGAUGCCUUUACAUCACAGAUCAGAUGGUAUGCUUACAGAAGACCAGACCAACAACCUGGGUUAAUUGGAAGGUUUAUAGAAAAUAUCAAGGAAGGCUUUGAGAGAAACAAAGAAAUGCAGGUUUGUUCAAAGAAUGUGUUCAGUCAAAGUUAUCAAAUAUAUGUACAUAUAGUAAGAAUCAUUUCAAAGGUUGAGUUUGUUUUCAGUGUGUCAAGUGUGUAAAUUUGUAUACAGUGAAUAUUACUUAAGAUAAAAAUGAAAGAUUGAUUUUUUUUCAUUGUGUAGGAAAAUAUUAGGAAAUUUCAAGCAGAAACAAAAAAAUAUGAGCAGACAGAGACAUUGUCAGGGAGAGUCAAGCUUGUCAAUAAGAUUAAGGUGAGUCUUGAGGUGUACUUUUAAAACAGAGGAGUAUGCCACAAACUACAUCACUUGAAGUAACCUAAAUUUAAUUUACAGCUCCAUUGUAAGUGAGGUAAUCUGAAUAAGGGUAGUCCUUAAGAGCACUGUUCAUAAUGCUCUGACUGACUAUCCAUCUACCAGCUAAGAAGUCAUUGUUUAUGUGAUAAAAGUAACUGUUACUCAAAGGUUCAACCUCUUUACUAUAUUACAUUAUGCAAUCUAUAAAAAGUUGAAUGUGAUGACAAGAAUGUGUGGCAUUUGUCAUUCCUAGGAUAAUGUGUCAUCGGCAUCAAUGAAAACUUCAGCAGUUGUGAAGAGCUUUUCAGGAGCAUUUUCAACAAAAGUCUCAAAGGUUUGUUUGUACACCAGUGUGUAUUUAUUGGCAGGGUUUAAUUGGAGAAAAUUCGUUGGUUCAACUUGAUAUGUGUUGUUACCUAGAGAAAUGUCUCAUCAUUUGAUAAGUUAUUUAAUAAUGUGUAUAUAAAAACAUUGGUUUCGUCAGGCAUACGAUGAAGCAACAUCAAGUGAAGCAUUUAAAAAGGGAAUUGAGGUCACUGAAGAGGUAUGUGUAGUAAAAAGGAAAAACAACAACCAAAAUAACUGGAAAUACUAGAAAUGAUUGAUCAUCAGUCAGAGGCUUGCAUAUUAGUGAGCAACAUUUUGAGUGAUUGUUAGGCAGACUGACCAACUGACAGAUUCACUGACCAUUUGAAUAAGCAGGUACCAAACCAGACAUGAUUGGAGCAUGAAUCUUGUGUAUGAUUGUAAUAUAUGGUUCUUGUUUUUUAGUUUGCAAAAUCUGCUAAGGAAGCUGCUUCAAAGGUCCAAGAACAGAGUGAAAUCCUUGGAAAAACAGAAGCAUUUAAGGCUGUGUCCACUGUGAGUAAACUGCAUAGGUAGCAGUUUUAUUGUCUUCAGAGGGAUUUACUUCUCAUAAUAUAAAGUACUGUGCCACUUUCUGUAAUUUGUGACUCUUUUUAGUGAGAUGGCUUAAAAACCUCAGAAUAUUACUUCAGGGAUAACCUUGUUUGGAAAUUUAGAUUAACUUAAAAUUUAUCUUUAACUUGCUGUUAUUUCAGUAUUUGCCUCUGUCAAAUCUUUCCCACCUUUUUGCAGGGUUUUAAAACUUUCAAGCAUGAGGUUCUUGAUGAAGAACUUGAAAAAUCAAAGCCAUAUAGAACACCAGGUUUGAGAAACUAUGCUAUCAUUGUAAUCAGUGCACUGGUCAAGCUGAUGAAGCUUGGCAGACUGUGCUGUGUACAUACACCUUUUUUCUUUCUUUUUGGGGUAAUAUUCAUAUGACUAAUAUUUGUAUGUAUUUUUUCAUGGAUUAUUAAGAGAAACUAAGACGGCGUACUGAACAGGAAGAAGGAGGUGUCAUGAAGAAAGAGAGGAGAAUUGAAGCAAAUGAGUAGGUAUCUAUGUAUUCAUAGGCAGCUGUUGAAAACACAAUUUGAUCAAAUAUUAUUUGAUUUUUUACAUGAAACUUCCAUUUAAUUUCCAUAUAACAAUUUACAGAGAUGAUCAAACUAAGGAACAAGCUUUGUGAAAGUUGGUGUGUUUCUUUUGCAGCGGCGUCUAUAAAAAACAGAUGAUUAUUGUUAUUAAUAAUGGUAAUUACUAAUAACAAUUGUCAUACCUUGCAGGGAUGCAACAGGAGUGGUGCUUCACAAGGAUUCAAAAUGGUACCAGCAGUGGAAAGAAUUUAAAGACAACAAUCCUGUUGUGACAGGUAACAUCCUUCAUACCUCCUCAUGAUGUAGUGUUGAGAUUUUUAAGCUGUCAAAUAUAAUGUGAUUAUAUUAUUGGUCUCUCAUCAGGGCUUUUUAAUCUUAAAACAAAAUAUGAUGAAAGUGACAAUGUGGCUGUGAGAGCAUCAAGAGUUGUGACAGAUAAGCUGCAAGACAUUUUUAGUAAGUAAACAGUAUUAACACACUUGUCCACAGAGGAAAAGUGCAUAGUAAAGAAGGCUUGUUAGUCAGUGAAUACUUUCUCUCUCCUUCUGUUCAAAUGAUGUUGCACCAGAAUUAGUAAAAAAAAAUUUUAAAGAAGUAUUGAUGGUUAUGACUAGGAUAAGGAUCAUGAUGGUACUGGUUGAUUUUGAAUAGUUUUCAUGUGGAUAAUAACAAAGAUAAAUUGUUUUAAUAGCAACUUUAAAUAGUGAAGUUUUCAUGUUAUUAAUAAGUUCUCAAUAAUUUCCUAAUUUUUCAGGUGAUGUAUUUUCCCAGUCGGAUACUGCAAAAACAAUGGCUGAAAUAACAAGAAUUGAUCCACAGUUUAACAAAGACAGCUUCCUAAAAGAGUGUGAAUUUGAAAUCAUUCCAUCAGUUCUUGAGGUAAUUGAUCAGAUGGCUUUUGUAGUGAGAAAAUGUGUUACUUGCUUAUAAACAUGGUUUCAUGUCAUAUUUUUACAUACAAUUAUAAAAAAUAUUGUUUUAUCUCUUUUGUUUCCAAGGCUUUCUUAAAAGGUGACCUGGAAAUAUUAAAAGACUGGUGCCAUGAACCGGUAAGUUAUUUAUCAACUCCUCGGAUAAAAACUCUAGUAGAUGAUAAUUUUAUGACACUGUAAAACCAAGCCUUUGUUCUGAAUUCUGAGCAAUCAUACUUGCAGCAAUUAAAACGCCCUUUAUAUACUGUUAGGUUUCUCAAAGAAGUCUAAAACCUAAGAAAAUUUUGUUUUUUGUCCAGGCGUACAAUGUCUUAGCUGCACAGAUUGAGCAAACUAAACAACUGGGACAGAAAUUGGAAGCAAAAAUCCUUGAUGUCAGAGAUGUUGAUGUAAGUGGUGAAGUGUGUGUCAAUUUUGUUACUCUAGUGACAUGUUUAGUUGUUAAUAUGUCUGUGGCUGAGAGAUUGAUGAAGAUGAGUAUUUUACCAAGAAGUAAAGCCCUGAUAAUCGUAACUCUACAUUACAUUCUUAGGUGGCAAUGGCUAAAGUCAUGGAGCAAGGACCAGUCUUAGUUCUCACCUUUAUGGUGCAGCAAAUAAUGAUCCUUAAAGAUGCUGUUGGCAAUAUUAUUGAAGGUGGUGAGGUAAGAAAUCUUUCUUAAACAGUUUCAUUGUCUAUAGUGGCAUUACAAGCACAAGCUGUGCAUCGAAGUCUCUCAAGGGGUAUCUGUUGAUGGAUUUAGUAAGUAAAAGUUGAAAGUGAGGAGUGGAAAUAUUCAUAAGGUUUUAUUUGGUGUAGGGUAUAAAUUAUUGAUUGUUGUUUCUCUUUUUGUAGGAUAACAUUGAAAAUGUAAGCUAUGUGUGGGCACUGUGUCGUGAUCAGAGCAUAUUGGAUCACAGAUCUGCGUGGAGGGUGUUAGAGUUUGGAAUUCAGAACAGCAGCUCUUAUCUUUGACAAGCCCAAAAUUGAAGAAUGGGGAACUUCCAUUUUCUUUUAAUUCAACUGUACAAAAUAUUGAAAAACAAAAACCAUUGACAACUUUGUCCUCUUAUUUGCCUGUUGCUGUGUGUCUUUAUUACAUGGUUUUAUUAAAAAUAUUUGCUAACAUAUUGCAUCACCAUGUAUCUCAUGUUAUUUUGCAUGGACACUGUUGUGAUAAUGAUCUUCCAUCUAGUAGUGGUCUUCUAUGUUGCUCAACCAAUUUUUAGUGAGCAGAGAUUAUUUAAGGCUCAAUUUCACCUGCUCUUCAAGACUGGAGAAACAAAUUUAAGUAACAGGAAUCAAUUAUUUUAAUCAGCAAGAAUACAGUACCUGUGGUAAGCUUCAGUUUGGUUGUCUAUCAAAUUGUUGAUUUGUAAAUAUAAUGCACAGUUGGACAGUUUUUAUGAGGAAUUAACUAUUAUACUUUGGUGCUUCCAGUUUGGCAUACAUUAUGCCUGAUGAUGUUGAAUGCAUUCUUAUGUUCACAAACAUUGUAAUAUCUAGAUUAAUGAUACUACUAGUAGGAUUUGUGACCAAUUUGGGUAGAGUUAAUUUAUGAAAGCAGAUAUGAAUGCCACUGAAAUAAAC